AUGGAUCGCACUUCCGGCCUGCGCUUCCUUGUGGACACCGUUGCCGAGGUCAGCGUACUGCCGUCCUCCAAUUGUGACCGCUCUUCUAAGUCACCUGGUUCUACGCUCCAAGUGGCGAAUUCUACCUUCAACGCCAAGUAUGGUCUACGGUCCCUCACUCUCGACCUUGGCCUGCGGCACAUGUUCCGCUGGGUAUUCAUUGUAGCCGACGUCAAUCCGCCUAUCCUCGGCUCUGACUUUCUGACCCAUUUCAACCUCAACGUCAGCAUCCGCCACCGUCGCCUGACUGACAGCAAGACACGACUCCCCAUCCCUGGAAUUCUGUCGGCUGUCGCUCCCACUGGUAUCCGCACUAUGACUCCACCAUGCCAGUACACCCGUAUCCUCGAAGACUUUCCUGAACUGACAAGGCCCUGA